UGAUGAGAGCGAGAAAGCAGCGCUGCUUCUUCAUCUUCACUAGAGCUCGAGCGCAGCGCGUGACACUCACGGACUCCAAGACGAUGGAUUACAAACUCUGAAUUUAGUUAAUUACAAGUCAUCUUUAUACCUGCUGGUCCUUUUGAACGUCAUAUUCUGACGCACUCAUUUGUUUUUUUCUUAAAAAUAUAGCAUACAAAUCUUUACAGUGAUUUAAGCGCAAUGAUUUUGUUCGUUUAUCAUUAACGGCGCAAUAUAGAUUUUAAGUUUUUAUUGCUAAAACGCCUUUGAAAACAAUGGACUUGAUAUACUGUAAAGUUCUACUUAUGACUCUCCUGAGCCUUCAGGUUCGUAGUGACAGAGUAUCACCGUCAAAACAUCCAGGCCUGCAGGUGUUGGCCACGGCUUCACACUACUGGCCUUUGGAUUCAGUAGAAGGGAUCCACGGCCUUUCAGACCAGAUUGGGAACAGAACAGGUCAUGUUAAUGGGACUAAUAUAACUGUCAGAAUCCACAACCACACUGUCCUGACUACCCAUAAUUCUUCCUCUGUGUAUACCAAUGACUCUGCCUACACUAACAUUUCCGCCACUGUAGACAUUGUAGAAGGAAUGGUGAAUAAGGGCAUCUAUCUGAACGGAGAUAAUGGGGCCACUUUCCUUCACUUUGGCAACUAUAAAGACUCCUGCAUAAGUGAUCCUACUCUGUGCGGACCUGACGGGAUAACUUUUUCCUUCUUCUGGAAAAAUAAUGAUGUAGAUUCUCGUUUUGCCAUUGCAUCCGGAGGUAAAGUCAUCUCAAGCGGUUUCUCUGUCUACUCCAACCCUCAUGGCGGAUAUGUGGAGUUCUACACAAGAGGAGACUCCAAGACAUGGAAAGCACACAUUAAACUUCCAGGGCCCUACUGGACACACGUGCUCUUCACAUGGACCCAAACGGAGGGCUUGAAGGUCUACAUUAAUGGGACAUUCAGUGUUGGAGCCCCUAUAGGAAAUGUUUCUUAUAACUACGGCGAUCCCUAUGCCGACCUUGUCAUUGGCACGGUAAACACAGGGAAUUACAACCACUAUGCCACAGGAGCCUUCGAUGAGUUUGUGAUUUGGGAAAGGGCCUUGUCCCCUCAGGACAUCUGGAUGUACUACAAAGCAGCCAUUGAUGAGAAUGUGAUGUCCACCUUCCCAACCGAAGCAUCCAUCAAUGUCACUGCUGCAACAGAUCCUCAGUUAAAGAGAACUACGGAGAUGCCCCGACCUGCCUCCACAAACCUGACAGAGAAAGUUCAGAGGCUGCAGGACCCCAUGCGGUUACAAACGCUGGACCUCCUUCAGUCUCUAUCAUUUAACCUUCCAAACAAGACUAUACCUCAGGAAACAGCCAACAAUCUUACACAGUCUCUACUGAAGAGCGUGGAUGAGGUCAUAACCGCCAGCGACUGGAGAGAAAAUGAUGAGUGGAGUCCAGUGGUCAGUGGGCUGGUGGAGACGGUGGAUAAAGUAAUGGUGCAUAUGGCCUCCAAGCUUCGGUCUGGCCCAGAUGCAGAGGCUCCUCUGGCUAUAGGGGGCAAGAGCUCUGUAGCAGAUUACUCUCUGAUGAAGAUCCCUCAGAACUACAACCUGCAAAGCUACCGGUUCCCUACACAAGGAAAGAGUUACAUCUCAGUACCAGGAGAAGCUCUCACGAUGCAAUCUCAGACCACGAUCGUGGGACUUUUCUACCACAAAAUGCACAACUACUACAAAAAAAUCAGCCCUCUACAAACGAGGAUAAAUGAAGCAGUGGAUUAUAAAGAUCAUAAGAUCCAGAUGGCCAGUCAUCUUAUUUCUCUGAAGGUGGAACCCUCUCCUGCCCUGUCACUCAAUCUGUCUACUGAGCCGCUCAUCCGGAUCGUUCUGACGCAUCAGCUGAGUAAAGAACAGCAGCUCCAGGCCUUAAACCAAAGCAAUAAAGUGUUCCUGUACUGCGCCUUCCUGGACUACAGCUCCAAGGAGGGUGUGUGGUCCAACGAGGGCUGUGUGAGAGCUGAUGGAAACCUGUCCUUCUCUAUUUGCUUGUGCAAUCAUCUGACGAACUUCGCCAUCCUCAUGCAAGUGGUUCCCAUGAAGCUCUCAGAGGCACACCAGGUGGCGCUAUCCACCAUUAGCUACAUCGGCUGCUCUAUCUCUAUUUUCUGCCUGGCAAUUACACUGGUCACCUUCGCCGUGCUGUCGUCCGUUAGCACCAUCCGUAACCAGCGUUACCAUAUUCAUGCAAACUUGGCAUUUGCGAUCUUAGUCGCACAGAUCCUUCUGCUCAUCAGUUUCCGCUUCAAUCCCGGCACGCUCCCGUGUAAGAUCAUGGCCGUAUUGCUGCAUUUCUUCUUCCUGUGUGCGUUCGCCUGGAUGCUGGUGGAAGGGCUGCACCUCUACAGCAUGGUGAUCAAGGUGUUCGGCUCAGAGGGCAGCAAACACUUUUAUUACUAUGCCAUCGGAUGGGGAUGUCCUUUGGUCAUAUGUGUGGUGUCUAUGACCUCGUCACUAAACAGCUACGGAGAGGUUGGCAAUUGCUGGCUCUCUCUGAAGAAUGGAGCGAUUUGGGCAUUUGUAGCCCCUGCUCUGUUUGUCAUAAUGGUGAACAUUGGCAUUUUGAUAGCUGUGACACGAAUCAUAUCCAGGAUCAGCGCUGAGAACUAUAAGGUUCACGGAGAUGCCAAUUCUGUAAAGCUUACGACUAAAGCGGUGGCGGUGCUCUUACCCAUUCUGGGCAUAUCGUGGAUCUUUGGGGUUCUGGCGGUGAACGACCACUCCCUGCUUUUCCAGUACAUGUUUGCAGUGUUUAACUCACUACAGGGCUUCUUCAUAUUCCUGUUUCACUGUCUGUUAAACUCUGAGGUGAGGGCUGCUUUCAAACACAAAACCAAAGUGUGGACUUUAACCAGCAGCUCAAUCCGCAACAUCAACGUCAAACCUUUCAACUCAGAUAUAAUGAACGGCAACAAGGGCGGUGUGACUCCCACAAAGAUGAACACAUGGGACAAAAGCACCAACUCAGCCAACCGCAUCGAUUUGUCAGCAGUAUAAUGGCUUCAGCUCCAAAGAGAGCAAGAGGACAACAGCAUAGCAUUUCCUGUAGAUGUGACUUUCUGACUUUCCAAAUGAUGAAAUGGCUAAAGACACUUACAGCCAACUGUAGAAUAGUUAACUCACAACACGAAGUUCUCUGAUGUCACUUCCUCCUGCUGAUGAUCUCUCUAACACAAACAUAGGAUGAAGACACACGGCCCAUUUUUGGGAUUAAGGAGAGAAUGACUUCUUUUUGAUCAUUUGCUCAUAAUGUGGUCUGAGGAAUCUGAAUUCAAGAAAAUACACUAACUCACACAGACAGGGGACUCUCCUGAGAUUUAGUACCUGUACUGUAUCAGUGUUUCCUUGCUUUGAUUUUUUUGGACAACACAGUAGACCUGUGCUACAUUUGGACCGGUUUUGCCGUACCUUAAACAGAGGAAUCAUCAAGUACAAAUCUGGAGUGUCUCAACAUUAGUGAAAACACUUGAGUGUUGAGCGAAGCACACUUGUGUCUCUUUAAAACAGUAACUGAACACCUAAUUGUACCCUAUUCGUGCACAGUGUCAAAUAGUUUUCUCAUGAUCUCAUGAUAUGUAUCAGUAUGCGUCAAUUCGUAAAGGUGGACACUUUAGUGAUGUACAUAAGCACAGAACUGAUGCUAAAUGCCUUAAAGCCAGUGUGUGACACACACAGCCAUACAGUGUCUGUAAUUGUGCCGCUGUAGACGUAUUUAUUGGUACCACAAGUCAGUGUAUUAUUAAUGUGUGACCAUAUACAGUAUAUCUUUAAAUUAUUGUCGUCGUCAUGUUCCAACAAGACUUUGAUACUGCUUGAAAAAUUAUCUUAUACAGUAUCAUAACACUGUCGUUAUCAACAUUAUAGCUUAAUCAGCUAUUGUUUGUAGCUUAUGAUUGGAUGUCUCAGUGUUCGUGCUCUCCGCCAAGAACAAAUUGCAGAAGGUACUUUGUUUUAGUAUCAAGGGUUGAAGACAGUUUCUCCCAAAUGAACAUUUAAAGGCCAAGUGCACUUCUUGUCCGAUUGAUAUUUAAUUCACUAUAUUUGCAUCUUUAACACAUUUGUCAUGUUUUUCUUCAUAUAAGAUUGGACUUAAACAUUUUCAGAUUACACUUGCUUCAAAGUAUUAAAUAGUGUAGUAUGAUCUCAGAACACACACACACACACACACAAAUGGCCAUAGCAGUGUUUUGAGAUGAUGCUGUAUAUAUAAAUAUAGUCACUUUUACAGAGGAAGUGCCUUAGCUCUACAAAUUCCAUUAAAGAGUGUUGUUCUUAAGUGUAUAAUGUGAGAAAUCUUUCUGUGAAGUUUUUAUUUGAUUUAUUCUGUGCUAAUGCAAAU